AUGGUCACCUCACCUCGAACCGAUCCGAGGACCUCCUUGAUUGAAGGACUCCCUGAUCUGAUCCUCGAGCACAUUCCUGCCGCAGGCCUUCGAAAAGUCCUGCGCGAAGUCCUGAACGCUGACACAAACUUCACGUAUGCCUUCGAGGGUCACACGCGCAAGUACAUCACCAAGAAUGCCCCACCGCACACCGAGCCGCUCUUUGGGGCAGGACUUGAAGAGGGAGAGGCCAAAAAUGUCCGCGACCGCAUCCGGACCAUGUUUGGCGCAGGCAUGUACUUUGAGACCCUAGCCAUCUUCCAGGAGAUUGCUGAGCAGGCGACGUACAUCCAUCUCUCAGGAGAUGCGACCGAUAUCAUCAAUUUCCUCAUCCUCGUUGAUGGUGAUAUUAUUGAGGCCAUGGUCGGCAUCCAACGCAUCCAGCAGGACAAGACCGGACUGCGCGCCUGGGCAGCUGACGAGGCCGAGGCUAUGGAGAGUCUGGUGAACGCGCUGGCCGCUCACGGGGCCGCAUGGGAAAAGGCUGGGCGGGAGCCCCCCUUUGUGCGAGGACUGGCUUCUACACAGAAGACCAUCGACCCGACAAGACCUGUAGAGAUCAAGGGCUUGACAACCGUUUCCACCAAUACUUCUGGAUCUUCAGCCGUGACAAAGGUCGAGACCUUCAAGAUUGGCGAUAGAGAGGUCCCACGGAUGUUUUCUGGUCUGUGGCAGCUGUCCAGCACCGCUUUUGGCACUGCUUCGGCUCUCAAAAUCGCGGCGCAGUUUUCUCAUCAUGUCGAGGCUGGACUGACCGCAUUUGACAUGGCGGACCAUUACGGUGAUGCCGAAGUCGUCUAUGGACAAUUCUGCAAGUCAUUGAGUGACCCUGGCCAGACAUUUGCAUCCACUAAAUACUGCGUGUUCACCUCACUGGACGUGACAAGAGAGGCUGUGCGACAGAACAUCACUCAAAGAGUUGGACGGAUGGAGAAGGACAAGAUUGACCUGCUCCAGGUCCAUUGGCAGAUUUGGGAAGAGCCAGGGUACAUUGAGCUUCUGAAGUACUGCCAGGAGGACGAACGCGUGUCUAACUUGGGACUUUGCAACUUUGACACGGCUCACCUGCAAGAAGCGUGGGAUGCCGGUAUCAGAUUCGUGACGAAUCAAUCUCAAUUCUCGCUGGUGGAUUCUCGACCAACAGUCAAACUUGGCAAAUUCUGUGAGGAGCAUGGAGUCAAGGUGUUGACCUUUGGAACCUUGUGUGGUGGCUUCCUUUCUGAAAGAUGGCUGGGGAAGCCAGACCCGGACUUCUAUGGACAGGACAUGAACCCAAGUACCCGGCUAAUCUGGGGUGGCUGGGACCUAUUCCAAGAGCUCCUGCAGUGCCUCAAGGCGAUUUCCGUUAAGCGCAGUGUGUCUGUCACCAACGUGGCGAAUCGAUGGGUCCUCGACCACCCUUUUGUGGGUGGCACGAUUAUUGGUUCCCGCAUGGGUGUCAGCGAGCGCGUCAAGGACAACUUGGCCGUCUUUGGCUGGAGACUUGAUGACGAGGAUCAGGCCAAUAUUGAAGCUGUGUUGAGUAAGAGUCGGCGGAAGGAGAUGUUUGAGGAGAUUGGUGACUGCGGUUACGAGUACCGCUCGGAUUGGCAACAGCUUCUUGGAUAA